UGCGCCCUUUGUGGGCAAUGGACGUAAAUUACAGGUCAUUACAGUCCUAAAUAGAUUCUACCUUGGUUGGUGGUAGUCUGUUGUUUUUUUAAUCAACAAAUGCGUUGUUAUUUCACAGCCAACGAGCUGGCGCGUGUACAGGUUGCAAGUCAAACAGCUACAACGUUACGGAUUUAUUUUCCCCACACGCAGCACCGGAAGCAGAAAUACACCUCACUUGGGUUUUGUUUUGUUUUGUUUGUUAGUAUCUGGAGUUGGAGAAGAGGUAGAGCGUGCAUGGGGAGUUGCACCUUGGGAAUGGAAGAUGAACACAUUUCUCUGAAUGUGUAUACGUGUAAAAUGCCGAGUUUUGUCAGCAGAUAUGACGAAGAGACAGUCUGCAAUCCUUCAGAAAUGCUUGAUAAAGUUGAGACAUCAGGCACAGAUUUUAUUCAAGAUGUCAGGGAAACAAAGAUCCAAACACCAGACGGUGACGGGAUUUUGGAGACGCACACACACAGGGUUACGAGAACGGGUAGUAAAGAAAAUGUUGAGGGAUACAGUUUCAGAAAACCGACUGCAGUGGGUAUUUUGAGGAGGAAUUUCGGGACGACGAGAUCCCCUACGAAUUUCAAAAACAAUUCAGCAGAUGACCAAAAACACCCAGAGGAUGCCAUGGUAGAAAUAGUUUUAAAUGAACGAAUUGAUCAUGUGGACCUUGAAAAGUCAAGUGGCAGUGAAACGAAUGUGAAAGAGCAAAUCGCAGAUCACACAGAGGGAUUAACGUCAUCCGAUUUGAAUGAAGUUGAUGUAACAUAUUCUGACGAUAUUUGUGAAAGUAGCAGGGCGGACGACGAUGUCGUACAGUUAAAGGAACAUGUUUACUGUACUGUAUACUGUAUUGCAAACGAUAACUACAGGAAACCAGCUGACAAUACCGGAGAACACCAAUAUAAUGGGGCGAUAACUCCGUCAACAUCAAACGUCAUUACAAAGCCAUCCACAGAUUUGCGGCAGCAGAGCAAUCUGAAAAUGGGCCACCACAACAUUUCCGAUCCAUAUAGCCUACCGAACCUGGUUGAUCCUAGAACUCUGACCAACUUUUACAACGGGGAUUACAAUGAAUCAGUUGUUUUGGCAUGUCGCAUCUGUCUGGACGACACACACAUAAAGCCGUUACUUUGUUGCAAGAAGGCUGUCUGUGAGGAAUGCCUGAAAAUAUACAUCAUUUCACAGGUCAGGGUGGGCAGAGCGGACAUCGUGUGCCCCAUCACAGAGUGCAGUGGUUACCUGGAGGAGAGCCUGGUGAUGUCCCACCUGGGCAGUGAGGAAGUGGCCAAAUACAAAUACUUCCUGGAGCUGAGCCAGAUUGACUCUAGCACCAAACCCUGUCCCCAGUGCAGCCAGUUCACCUCGCUGAAAGGACACACCCCCAGCAGGGCAGAGCACAAAUACAAGAUCCAGUGCACAAAGUGCCAGUUUGUGUGGUGCUUCAAAUGCCACGCCCCCUGGCACGAGGGCCUGAAGUGCCGGGACUACAGGAAAGGGGACAAGCUGCUGCGUCAUUGGGCCAGCAUCAUCGAGCACGGCCAGAGGAACGCCCAGAAGUGCCCCCACUGCAAGAUCCACAUUCAGAGGACGGAGGGCUGCGAUCACAUGAACUGCACCCAGUGCAGCACCAACUUCUGCUACCGCUGUGGGGAGAAGUACCGCCACUUGCGAUUCUUCGGGGAUCACACAUCCAACCUCAGCGUGUUCGGCUGCAAGUACCGCUACCUUCCUGAGAAGCCCCACCUCCGCCGGCUGGUCCGGGGGUCCGUGUGUGUGAGUAAAGUGGUGGUGGCCCCUGUUGUCAUAGUCCUGGUGGUGGUUGUCGGAGCAGUAUCCAUGGUCAUAGGACUCGUGGCUUUUCCUAUCUUCUACAUCUGUAAGAAGAGACGGCAGCGCACCCAGGGUACUGGCCGUUGGCACUGAGCUGAGCACCAUGGCAGUGUGGUCAGGACCCUGCUCCAGAUACGAAGCCCAGGGAGGGGACACAUGGAUUUGGGGGGAGGGGGGAGGGUUGGUUUCCAUCCACAGCCUGAGAAGAGCAAUGCUUUCCAGUGGCCUUCUCUCUCUACUGCAUGUCUACCACAACACUGUAUGUGGCUCCUCCUCCAGCCUGUGGAUCUAAAGGCUCACAGAGCAGUCUACUCCUGUUCCGCCCAACUUACCUCCACAGUGUCUGGGCUCCUAUAGCAUGGCUAGUGAAACAGAAACACAUGGGGUAGAAUGGGAAAGAGUUACUGAAGACGUGUGGGUGAGUCUAUCACCAUUCUUUUGCGGACCCUGAGCACCUGCAUAUUUAUGACAUUUUCAGGGAUUUUAUUGUGGUGCGUCCAUACAGGUAACUACCAAAAUGAAGGAAAAACUUGAGUAAAUGAGGGAUACAAAGUGCAGUGCAUUCAGAAAGUUUUCAGACGCCUUCCCUUUUCCAACGUUUUGUUACGUUACAGCCUUAUUGUAUUUUUUCCCCAUCAAUCUACACACAAUACCCCAUAAUGACACAGCAAAAUGUUUGCAAAUGUAUAAAUAAAUAACAACGUAUACGUUAUUUACAUAAGUAUUCAGACCCUUUGCUCUGAGACUCAAAAUUGAGCUCAGAUGUAUCCUGUUUCCAUUGAUCACCCGAUGGUCACUCUGACAGAGCUCCAGUGUUCGUCUGUGGAGAUGGGAGAACCUUCUAGAAGAAGAACCUUCUGCAGCACUCCACCAAUCAGGCCUUUAUGGUAGAGUGGCCAGACGGAAGCCACUCCUCAGUAAAAGGCACGUGACAGCCCGCUUGGAGUUUGCCAAAAGGCACCUAAAGGACUUUCAGACCAUGAGAAACAAUAUUCUCUGGUCUGAUAAAACCAAGAUGGAACUAUUUGACCUGAAUGCCCAGAAACCUGGCAUCAUACCUAUGAUGAAGCAUGGUGGUGGCAGCAUCAUGCUGUGAGGAUGUUUUUCAGCAUCGGGGACUGGGAGACUAGUCAGGAUUCAGAGAAAUAUGAAUCGAGCAAAGUACAGAGAGAUCCUUGAUGAAAACCUGCUCCAGAGUGCUCAGGACCUCAGACUGGGGCGAAGGUUCACCUUCCAAUAGGACAACAACUCUAAGCACACAGCCAAGACAAUUGCAGUCUCUGAACGUCCUUGAGUGGCCCAGCCUGAAAAUAGCUGUGCAGCGAUGCUCCUGAUCCAACCUGACAGAGCUUGAGAGGAUCUGCAGAGAAAAAUGGGAGAAACUCCCCAAAUACAGGUGUGCCAAGCUUGUAGUGUCAUACCCAAGAACACUCAAUCGCUGCCAAAGAUGCUUCAACAAAGUACUGAUUAAAGGGUCUGAAUACUUCAUUUUUGCUUUUUGCUGUCAUUAUGGGGUAUUGUGUGUAGAUUGAUGAGGUGGAAAAUACUAUUUAAUCUAUAACGUAACAUAACUAAAUGUGGAAAAAAUCAGGGGCCUGAAUACCUUCCGAAUGCACUGUAUAUAGAAACCAGGUGCUUCCACACAGGUUUGUGCUGAACAAAUUAGAGCUUUUUGAAGUUGGUUUGGUUUCUGUUUGGUUUUUGAAAAAUCAUCACUGUUUUCUAUUUACAUUUGUGUGGGUUUUGUGUGGGUUGAAUGCAGUAACACAACCUUUAUUCAACCAUCCUAUUCACAUUACUAUAAUACAAUAUUUCAGUUGUUGUGUAUAAAGAUUCUGGUCAUUAGAGUUAAUUACCAUGCUUUCUGCACUUAAAUAUUUUUUAUUUCACCUUUAUUUAACCAGGUAGGCAAGUUGAGAACAAGUUCUCAUUUACAAUUGCGACCUGGCCAAGAUAAAGCAAAGCAGUUCGACAGAUACAACGACACAGAGUUACACAUGGAGUAAAACAAACAUACAGUCAAUAAUACAGUAUAAACAAGUCUAUAUACAAUGUGAGCAAAUGAGGCGAGAAGGGAGAUAAAGGCAAAAAAGGCCAUGGUGGCAAAGUAAAUACAAUAUAGCAAGUAAAACACUGGAAUGGUAGUUUUGCAAUGGAAGAAUGUGCAAAGUAGAAAUAAAAAUAAUGGGGUGCAAAGGAGCAAAAUAAAUAAAUAAAUUAAAUACAGUUGGGAAAGAGGUAGUUGUUUGGGCUAAAUUAUAGGUGGGCUAUGUACAGGUGCAGUAAUCUGUGAGCUGCUCUGACAGUUGGUGCUUAAAGCUAGUGAGGGAGAUAAGUGUUUCCAGUUUCAGAGAAUUUUGUAGUUCGUUCCAGUCAUUGGCAGCAGAGAACUGGAAGGAGAGGCGGCCAAAGAAAGAAUUGGUUUUGGGGGUGACUAGAGAGAUAUACCUGCUGGAGCGUGUGCUACAGGUGGGAGAUGCUAUGGUGACCAGCGAGCUGAGAUAAGGGGGGACUUUACCUAGCAGGGUCUUGUAGAUGACAUGGUGCCAGUGGGUUUGGCGACGAGUAUGAAGCGAGGGCCAGCCAACGAGAGCGUACAGGUCGCAAUGGUGGGUAGUAUAUGGGGCUUUGGUGACAAAAUGGAUUGCACUGUGAUAGACUGCAUCCAAUUUGUUGAGUAGGGUAUUGGAGGCUAUUUUGUAAAUGACAUCGCCAAAGUCGAGGAUUGGUAGGAUGGUCAGUUUUACAAGGGUGUGUUUGGCAGCAUGAGUGAAGGAUGCUUUGUUGCGAAAUAGGAAGCCAAUUCUAGAUUUAACUUUGGAUUGGAGAUGUUUGAUAUGGGUCUGGAAGGAGAGUUUACAGUCUAACCAGACACCUAAGUAUUUGUAGUUGUCCACGUAUUCUAAGUCAGAGCCGUCCAGAGUAGUGAUGUUGGACAGGCGGGUAGGUGCAGGUAGCGAUCGGUUGAAGAGCAUGCAUUUAGUUUUACUUGUAUUUAAGAGCAAUUGGAGGCCAUGGAAGGAGAGUUGUAUGGCAUUGAAGCUUGCCUGGAGGGUUGUUAACACAGUGUCCAAAGAAGGGCCAGAAGUAUACAGAAUGGUGUCGUCUGCGUAGAGGUGGAUCAGAGACUCACCAGCAGCAAGAGCGACCUCAUUGAUGUAUACAGAGAAGAGAGUCGGUCCAAGAAUUGAACCCUGUGGCACCCCCAUAGAGACUGCCAGAGGUCCGGACAGCAGACCCUCCGAUUUGACACACUGAACUCUAUCAGAGAAGUAGUUGGUGAACCAGGCGAGGCAAUCAUUUGAGAAACCAAGGCUGUCGAGUCUGCCGAUGAGGAUGUGGUGAUUGACAGAGUCGAAAGCCUUGGCCAGAUCAAUGAAUACGGCUGCACAGUAAUGUUUCAUAUCGAUGGCGGUUAAGAUAUCGUUUAGGACCUUGAGCGUGGCUGAGGUGCACCCAUGACCAGCUCUGAAACCAGAUUGCAUAGCAGAGAAGGUAUGGUGAGAUUUGAAAUUGUCGGUAAUCUGUUUGUUGACUUGGCUUUCGAAGACCUUAGAAAGGCAUGGUAGGAUAGAUAUAGGUCUGUAGCAGUUUGGGUCAAGAGUGUCCCCCCUUUGAAGAGGGGGAUGACCGCAGCUGCUUUCCAAUCUUUGGGAAUCUCAGACGACACGAAAGAGAGGUUGAACAGGCUAGUAAUAGGGGUGGCAACAAUUUCGGCAGAUAAUUUUAGAAAGAAAGGGUCCAGAUUGUCUAGCCCGGCUGACUUGUAGAGGUCCAGAUUUUGCAGCUCUUUCAGAACAUCAGCUGAAUGGAUUUGGGAGAAGGAGAAAUGGGGAAGGCUUGGGCGAGUUGCUGUUGGGGGUGCAGUGCUGUUGACCGGGGUAGGAGUAGCCAGGUGGAAAGCAUGGCCAGCCGUAGAAAAAUGCUUAUUGAAAUUCUCAAUUAUGGUGGAUUUAUCAGUGGUGACAGUGUUUCCUAUCUUCAGUGCAGUGGGCAGCUGGGAGGAGGUGUUCUUAUUCUCCAUGGACUUUACAGUGUCCCAGAACUUUUUUGAGUUAGUGUUGCAGGAAGCAAAUUGCUGCUUGAAAAAGCUAGCCUUGGCUUUUCUAACUGCCUGUGUAUAAUGGUUUCUAGCUUCCCUGAACAGCUGCAUAUCACGGGGGCUGUUCGAUGCUAAUGCAGAACGCCAUAUGAUGUUUUUGUGUUGGUUAAGGGCAGUCAGGUCUGGGGAGAACCAAGGGCUAUAUCUGUUCCUGGUUCUAAAUUUCUUGAAUGGGGCAUGUUUAUUUAAGAUGGUUAGGAAGGCAUUUAAAAAAAUAUCCAGGCAUCCUCUACUGACGGGAUGAGAUCAAUAUCCUUCCAGGAUACACCGGCCAGGUCGAUUGGAAAGGCCUGCUCGCUGAAGUGUUUCAGGGAGCGUUUUACAGUGAUGAGUGGAGGUCGUUUGACCGCUGACCCAUUACGGAUGCAGGCAAUGAGGCAGUGAUCGCUGAGAUCUUGGUUGAAGACAGCAGAGGUGUAUUUAGAGGGCAAGUUGGUUAGGAUGAUAUCUAUGAGGGUGACCGUGUUUAAGGCUUUGGGGAGGUACCUGGUAGGUUCAUUGAUAAUUUGUGUGAGAUUGAGGGCAUCAAGUUUAGAUUGUAGGAUGGCUGGGGUGUUAAGCAUGUUCCAGUUUAGGUCGCCUAGCAGCACGAGCUCUGAAGAUAGAUGGGGGGCAAUCAGUUCACAUAUGGUGUCCAGAGCACAGCUGGGGGCAGAGGGUGGUCUAUAGCAGGCGGCAACGGUGAGAGACUUGUUUUUAGAGAGGUGGAUUUUUAAAAGUAGAAGUUCAAAUUGUUUGGGUACAGACCUGGAUAGUAGGACAGAACUCUGCAGGCUAUCUUUGCAGUAGAUUGCAACACCGCCCCCUUUGGCAGUUCUAUCUUGUCUGAAAAUGUUUUAGUUUGGAAUUAAAAUUUCAGAAUUUUUGGUGGUCUUCCUAAGCCAGGAUUCAGACACAGCUAGAACAUCCGGGUUGGCAGAGUGUGCUAAAGCAGUGAAUAGAACAAACUUAGGGAGGAGGCUUCUAAUGUUAACAUGCAUGAAACCAAGGCUAUUACGGUUACAGAAGUCGUCAAAAGAGAGCGCCUGGGGAAUAGGAGUGGAGCUAGGCACUGCAGGGCCUGGAUUCACCUCUACAUCGCCAGAGGAACAUAGGAGGAGUAGAAUAAGGGUGCGGCUAAAAGCAAUAAGAAUUGGUCGUCUAGAACGUCUGGAACAGAGAGUAAAAGGAGGUUUCUGGGGGCGAUAAAAUAGCAUCAAGGUAUAAUGUACAGACAAAGGUAUGGUAGGAUGAGAAUACAGUGGAGGUAAACCUAGGUAUUGAGUGAUGAAGAGAGAUAUAUUGUCUCUAGAAACAUAAUUGAAACCAGGAGAUGUCAUUGCAUGUGUGGGUGGUGGAACUAAUAGGUUGGAUAAGGUAUAGUUAGCAGGACUAGAGGCUCUACAGCGAAAUAAGCCAAUAAACACUAACCAGAACAGCAAUGGACAAGGCAUAUUGACAUUAAGGAGAGGCAUGCUUAGUCGAGUUAUCAAAAGGGUCCGGUGAGUGGAGAAGUUGGUUGGGGGUCACGGCGAUUUAGACAGCUAGCCAGGCCAUCGGUAGCAAGCCAGCAUAGGAUGGAGGUCUGUUAUUAGCCACCUCUUGCGUUCCGUCAGUAGAUUAGUGGGGUUCCGUGUGGUAGAGGGGAUUAAUCCAAAUCACACAACAACAACAAAAAUAAAAACAA